AUGCUUAUGCUGAACAUUAACAAGUACAUGAAUCAGCCCAACCGGGGGAUAAUAUCCGGUCGGACAGCUUCCCUAAUAUACGAUUAUUAUUAUCGAAGGAUCUCCCCAGGAAGGCAGAAGGCUCGCGUCUCGAAAAGCUCGUUCGACGUGGAAAGUAAGGAUACCGGUCCGAAGAAAGUUCCGAAAGAUAGGAAGCUAACUUCGAACCUGCCGAAAGAUGCUGCCGUACACUUCGGAAGCUUUUACGGAAUCGAAGGGAACGGAAAUAAAUCGCAACCCGGUAAAAUGCAGAGCUUCGAGGAAUCCUCCGUUCCGUCUUACAGAACGACACCGAGAUUAGAGUUUACCAGACAGAUGGUUCAGAAACUGGAACGAACAGCUGGCACGAAGGACUACGCUCGGCAAGUGUCAGCUUUAUUGGAAGAGACGGUCGAACCGGCGCAUUUCAAGCUACAUUCUCUACCGGUGGAGAAUUCAAUUCCCGACGGGAGAUACAAUCCCACGGGAUACCCGCUGUGGUACAAGGAUCCUUAUAAGAUGUCGUUCAACUCGGACGAGAUUUACAAACUUCUUAGGGAGAAGUACGAUAACGAUGAGAAGAAAGCGAAAGACGUAUUCGAAGAGGAAAUUGUCGAGGAGGAUUUCAACGAGGAUAUAAGUAACGACGAGCAAGCUGAAGGCGAUGAAAACUUGCAAGAUGUGAACGAUUUAACGAACGAGGAAAAGUUGGCGUUAAAUAUGUUAUCUCAUGAAUGCUCGUCUGUUAACGAGCCAAAGGAAAGCGAGAAAGAUAUUACUGAUAAAAGAGAUACACGAAAUUAUGAAUAGCUUGAUAAGAAAUAUUUCAAGUGAAACUGUGUUUUUUAGAAUGCCCGGUAUACGUGAGAAAUACAAAUUGAAGAUACAUGAAUUUCCUGUACAUUAACGAACCACCUGAUGUAACGUCCCGUAACAAUGUUGAUCCUUAUUAGUUCUCGUUUUUAGACGGGAAUACGGUAAUUAGUAGCGCGUUAUUAAUGACCCGACCAUUAUCAGCAAUUCUAUACGUACAGAGAUUCACUUAAUUAGUAACCUUGGUUAUUAUUAUUUUUAAUAUUCCCU